AUGCCAGCAGGACUCCUGCGCGUCUGGCUCGUCCUCGCCGUCCCGCUGGGCUGCGUGUCCCCGCUGGCGGUGCGAGGACACCCGGGCGGGUUCACCUCCAGGAGUACGGACACGCACAUACCGGGCACGCUGUUGAGUCUGAAGGGUUUGCCCCGAGCUCAAGCCGUGGCCCCGCAAAAGAAGGCGCCGCAGUUUAUGUUGGAUCUUUUUAACGCGGUGUCAGUCACGGACGGGACCCCGAAGAGCCAGAAGGAGAUUCUGCACGGAAACACUGUGCGGAGUUUUGAGGAUAAAGGUCACACCGGAGAGAGGUUCCACUUCUUCAACUUGUCAUCACUUGGCAGAGAAGAGAAAAUGAUUAAAGCGGAGUUUCGUUGGUUCAGAAAGAAACAGAAGUUUUACCUGGGAAGGACACGCGGUCCCCAUUUCUACAAGGUGGAUUUAUAUGAAGUGUUGGACAACAGAGUGACGCCAUGGAGAGGAAACCUCAUAACCUCCAGGCUGCUGCCCCUGCAUACACAAGGAUGGGAGGUGUUCAAUGUCACUCAAAUGGUGUCCAAGUGGAUCCGGAACAGUCAGGAGAACAAUGGCAUCCUGGUGGUGACGACCUUCCCGUCCCAUAACUGGAUGGACUCAGUGGUGUCCUCAUCUUGGCAGGCUGGACAUCUGACAGACACAAAUGCGUAUCUCGUCAUAUUCUCUGAUGACGGGCGGACAGGAGCAAACCAGUCAUACCUGGGACAAGUGCCACCCGCAGCAGCAUCUGAGCCCCAGGACAAGCUCAGCAGGAGGCGCCGUGCAAUCUCGGGUAGACCUCAAUCCUGUCAGCGGGUUCCUCUCUUUGUUGACUUCGACGAGAUCGGCUGGUCGGGCUGGAUCAUCUCCCCCCGCGGAUACAACGCCUACCACUGCAGAGGCUCCUGCCCGUUCCCGCUGGGGGGGACCCUCAGAGCCACCAACCACGCCACGGUGCGCUCCAUCAUGCACGCGCUCAAGCUCUCCAGCGAGGAAGUGGGAGCUCCCUGCUGCGUUCCCGACAGACUGCAGUCCAUCAGCUUGUUGUACUUCGACGAUGAGGAGAACGUGGUUUUGAAGCAGUACGACGACAUGGUGGCAUUAAGCUGCGGCUGUCAUUGA